UCCGUCUGACAUAUUUCAAAAUGGCUGUCAGGCAAAAGACCGAGUAGAUUGAUAUAGUAGUGAUAGAGUUGUGCGGUCUUGUAUUUGUAGGUGUGUCUAUGGCAUUAUGAGAGUAUAAUGUUAUUAACCGGAAGGGACGAUUGUUUUAAGAUGUGCACGUGCCGUAUGCUGCGCCCCUGUCAGUAUAGGUUGGAACGGUUUAGUUAACUGCCUCCCCCUUGGAGCACACUAGGAGAGAGACCUAUAGGGAGCGAGCGAUCCAUGGUUCAUGUUAGAUUGAAAUACGCGACUUUUAUGAAUCGCAGCAACCCCCCCGGAACAGGGAACUGGCAAUCAUCCUGAUCAUCAACACAAUCAUCAUCAUCUUCAGCCCAGCGGAGAAUGGAAACGACGACGGUGUGCGGGCGUGUUAUUAUCAACUGAGGUCGAGGGCCACCGCAAGUGGACUCGGGGGGUCGAGACAGAGGGUUGGAUACAGCUAGGACAAAAGCUGGUAUAAGAGAAGAGACCUGGGGAGCACCACCAUAACCUAAUUCGCGUGUGCCUAUGUGCGUGUGUUCUUAGCUCGUAUACGUAUAAUAUCAGUACAUAUUUUAGUAGUUGGUUGUUUCGGUUAUCUGUGUGCCCUUUGUACAUAAACAACGUGCUCGUAGCAGUCGGUUCGGGGGGCUUGGGAGAGUAGCAUCUACAAAGAUGUGGAACAUGAUGUGCGAUGUUAUGCCGACUAUAUCGGAGGACAGCAUCAGCCAGAGGAGCUCGCAGUUCUCUGGCGACGAUGCCAACUUCGAGCAGCUGAUGGUGUCCAUGCUGGACGAGAGGGACAAGUUGAUGGACAGUCUGAGGGAGACGCAGGAGCGACUCGGAGAUACGGAGAUCAAGCUCCAGGACACCGAGAAGGAACGAGACUCGCUCCAAAGACAGAUCGCCGCCAACUUACCCCAGGAAUUCGCCACCCUUACGAAGGAAUUGAACGGCGCCAGGGAGCAGCUUCUCGAACGGGAAGAAGAAAUUUCCGAACUGAAAGCAGAGAGAAACAACACAAGACUGCUUCUGGAGCAUUUAGAAUGUCUGGUGUCGAGACACGAGAGGUCCCUCAGGAUGACUGUGGUGAAGAGACAGGCGGCAGCCCAGUCCGGCGUUUCCAGCGAGGUCGAAGUCCUGAAGGCGCUCAAGAGCCUGUUCGAACAUCACAAGGCACUCGAUGAAAAAGUCAGGGAGCGGUUGAGGGUAGCGCUAGAAAGGAACUCAUCCUUAGAGGAAGAAUUAGCUUUAACCAAAGAAGAAUUGCAACAAUAUAAACUCGGAGGUCCACCCUCCAAUGUACCUGCAGUAGAAGAUAAACCCAAAGAAAAUGGCCAGAUUGAAACAGGGGACCAAGUCACUAAUAAUUCUGCAUCACUUAAGGCUUCUGGGAAACCUAGGCUGACGAACGGCGGCGUCGAUUCGGAUACAGAUAGCGCGGCUCGUAUUGCUGACCUGCAGACAGCCCUCGAACAACAGACUGGAGAGAUUAGCACGUGGCAGAGGAGAGUGGCCGAGAUGACGAAUCGCGUCGGGGAACUAGAGGAGAACCUGGCGAAGACGCAGAAGGACCUUCUGAAGGCGCAGGACUCUAAUUCGAAGCUGCAGCGCGACCUUUGCGAGAACGUGGCGCAGAAGGGAGACCAGGAGGAGCGGAUCGCCACCCUCGAGAAGCGCUACUUGAGCGCGCAGCGCGAGUCUACCUCGCUGAACGACCUCAACCAAAAACUGGAACAGGAGCUGCAGCAUAAGGAAGCGCAGCUGAAGUUGCAAGAUGAGAAGAUCGCAGCUAUCCAAGAGAAGCUGGAACUGGCUGAGCAGAAGCUUGCUCAGUACUCGAAGUUACCGGAGAUGGAGGAGCAGCUGAAGCAACGCAUGGAGGCGUUGACGCAGGUGAGGAGUCAGGCUCAGGAGAGACACGGGUCGGCAGAGGACAGAAUCCAAAGAUUGGAGGCGAACCUUGAUGAGAAGAACGCGGAGCUCGUGCGAUUGAACCAAAGACUUAAGAUGAACGAGGACCACAACACGAGGCUAUCUGCGACGGUGGAUAAACUGCUGUCAGAAUCGAAUGAUAGGUUGCAAGUGCACCUGAAGGAACGCAUGCACGCGCUUGAGGAGAAGAACAACCUUACGCAGGAGCUGGAUAAGACGCGCAAGUUCAUGGAGCAGCUAGAGAUGCAGAAGUCUGAGAUCAUGAAGGAGCUGGCCAAGUCCAGGUUGGAUAUUGAUAACGUGAAGCGGCAGAUGCUGCACCAGGAGAUUGCGCACAAGAUUCAGCAGACGGACGCUCUGACCAGGAGCUUAUCUCCGAACGCCGUGGAUCCGAACAGUUUCUCGAGAAGCGCAAGCCACUCCAGCUUCGACACGCAUUCCUUGCCGAGGAGAUCGAACAAAUCGCGUACCCCCAUCGACGAUGACCCCAACAAGAUGUCUUUCGCAGUACGUUCCAUGGCGGAGCAAGAAUGGGAGAAAAUGCAGCAGGCCAACGUUCUAGCUACCGUGCAGCAAGCCUUCGACGUCUCCAGCGACGUCGAGUGCGACGACAACGAGAGCCUCUUCAGCAAUGCUGAUAUGAUCUCUCCGACGGGGCACACCGAUGCCCAGACCCUUGCUAUGAUGCUACAGGAGCAGCUGGACGCCAUCAACAACGAGAUCCGUCUCAUCCAGGAGGAGAAGCAGAGCACUGAGGCUCGCGCCGAAGAGCUAGAGUCCCGGGUGGGUAGCAUGGAACACAUGAAUCUGCUGGUCAGGGGCAGAAGUCUGGAGAGGCAGAGCCCGCCGGUGAGCGGCCGAUCUACCCCCAAGUCGCACCACUCCCCGCAACGGGACUACUUGCACAAAUACCACACGGCGCCAGCCUCAAUGUCUCCAGCUCAUUUACAACAGUAUCACGGAAUUAUGAGUCCCGGCGCCUUAUCCGAGUCACUGCCCAACAGUCAGCUGCAGCUUGCACCGAUUACCUCGGAGAUCUCGAGAGAGGAAAUGCUGAUGGGCGACAACAACAGCAGCAGCGGAGGAGGCGCCUCCCCGUUGACCGCGCGUUCCCUUCGGCUCGAGAAGGUCGCCCUGGUUCUGGCACACAGUCAGGAGGAGCUCAGGAAAAGGACCGGUGCCAGCGGAAUGCCUACCGGCGUCUCCACCUUCAGGCAAGGGCAGACACCGCCAUCACCUCUAUCCUCUCGUCAUAGUAGCCAGGAGAGUCUUCACAAGAAUCCAAUGAGCGGAAUCACGCGAGAAUCUGCAGCGGCAGUAGCGGCAGCAGCUGCGGCCCAGAAGAAGAAGGGUAUCAAGUCAUCACUAGGCAGAUUCUUCAGCAAAAAGGAGAAGGCCAAAGGAAAGGAUGUGGGUGACAGCAAUUUGAGUUUGAGCCAGGCGAGCAUCGGACUGGCCGAUGGUGAACUCAGCGAUUCAAUGAGCAUAUCAGGAAAGAUGGGCCAGAAGGGCGAUUUCGAUAGAAGGCAAAAGAAAAAGUACAUCCCGGAUCGGGAUUACAGGCACGAGCUGCUCGGUGAAGCGAUGAAAGCUGGAACGCCGUUUGCCCUGUGGAACGGACCGACGAUAGUUGCAUGGUUGGAGCUGUGGGUUGGAAUGCCGGCAUGGUAUGUUGCAGCCUGCAGGGCCAACGUCAAGUCCGGUGCAAUCAUGAGCGCCCUCAGCGACACCGAGAUCCAACGUGAGAUAGGAAUCAGCAAUCCUUUGCAUCGCCUGAAGCUGCGUUUGGCCAUCCAGGAGAUGGUUUCCUUGACGUCUCCGAGCGCUCCGAAGACGUCGCGCACCACCUUGGCCUUCGGCGAGAUGAACCACGAAUGGAUUGGUAACUACUGGUUACCCGCACUCGGUCUUCCACAGUAUCGCACCACCUUCAUGGAGUGCUUAGUGGAUGCCAGGAUGCUCGAUCAUCUGACCAAGAAGGAUCUCAGGGGACAAUUGAAAAUGGUCGAUAGCUUUCAUAGGACUAGUCUUCAGUUCGGUAUACUGUGUUUGAAGAGAUUGAAUUACGAUAGGCACUUGCUAGAAGAUAAAAGGAAAAAUUCAGAAAACACUCUGUCGGAUGUUCUGGUUUGGAGCAACGACCGAUUAAUGCGAUGGGCUCAAUCAAUUGGUUUACGGGAUUAUUGUAAUAAUUUGAUGGAGUCGGGCGUUCACGGCGCGUUGAUAGCCUUAGACGAGAACUUCGAUGCGAACAGCAUGGCGUUAGCAUUGCAAAUACCGACGCAGAACAAUCAAGCUAGACAACAAUUGGAAAUGGAAUUCAACAAUUUGCUGCGCAUCGCCCGAGAACGCCAUCCCGACGACAUGAGCCGGUCCUGAUAUGGGGCCUCGG